CCUCUGCCCCUGCUGCCAUGAGUUGUGCGGAGGUGAUGUAUCACCCCCAGCCGUAUGGAGCGCCCCAGUAUCUGCCCAACCCUGUGGCAGCUGCAACCUGCCCCACAGCUUGCUAUCAUUCGGCUCCCCAACCUGGCCAGCAGAAGAAGUUAGCGGUAUACAGCAAGAUGCAGGACUCUCUGGAAGUCACCCUUCCCAGCAAACAAGAGGAGGAGGAGGAGGAGGAGGAUGAGGAGGAGGAGGAGGAGAAAGACCCGCCUGCCGAGAUGGAGUACCUUAACUCUCGAUGUGUCCUUUUCACUUAUUUCCAGGGAGACAUUGGGUCAGUAGUGGAUGAACACUUCUCAAGAGCUUUGGGCCAAGCCAGCACCUUCCAUCCAGAAUCUGCCAUUUCAAAAAGCAAGAUGGGGCUAACCCCCCUAUGGCGAGAUAGCUCAGCUCUCUCAAGCCCACGGAGUAGUUUUCCAACUUCCUUUUGGACCAGCUCCUACCAGCCCCCACCUGCACCCUGUUUGGGGGGAGUUCAUCCCGACUUCCAGGUCACUGCACCCCCUGGCACCUUUACUGCUGCAGAGCCCAGCCCCUGGCCAGGACAUGGCCUGCAUCAGACUGGCCCAGCCCCUCCCCCGCCCGUGUCUGAGUCCUGGCAUUAUCCCUUGGCAUCUCAGGUGAGCCCAUCCUACAGCCACAUGCAUGACGUGUACAUGCGGCACCACCACCCCCAUGCCCACAUGCACCACCGUCACCACCACCAUCACCACCACCACCACCACCCUGCUGCUGGCUCUGCCCUGGAUCCCUCAUAUGGGCCCCUGCUGAUGCCAUCAGUGCGAGCGGCCAGGAUUCCUGCUCCCCAGUGUGACAUCACAAAGACAGAUCCGACUACAGUCACCACUGCUACCUCAGCGUGGGCCGGAGCCUUUCAUGGAACAGUGGACAUAGUGCCAAGUGUGGGGUUUGACACAGGUCUGCAGCAUCAAGAUAAAAGCAAGGAAUCACCCUGGUACUGAAGCAUCCAGUGUUAGCAAGUCAGGCUGCAGCCUGAAUCCAAAGGCCCAUUGGAGAAAGAAGCCAUUGGGAUUUUCCAUUCCGCAAUGGGACACAAGAAACGUGGAAGGAGAAGCGGAAGUGGCAGGCAGUUUACUUUGGUUUUGAACCUUUUCUGGAGAAAGCAGAGUGGGUCCUAGUCAUUGAAGAAAAGCAGUUUUAAUUUUUCCCUCAUCUGAGCCUUUGUCAACUGUGCAACUCUUCCUUACUUUCUUGCUUUUACCAGUACUUGGGAUAGUUUUUGUGUCAUUUUUUUUUUCCAACUGGCCACCUUGUCAGGAAAAGAUGAACCACAAAUGAAAAUGUUCAUUCUUUCAGGAAUACAAUUUUGUAGUUCUGUGUGCAUCUAUUUUUGUAGAAAUACAGAAAGUUUGGUUUAGCAUUGAUGGGCUAUUUUGGGGGGAUGUAUUUUUUUUAAUAUUGUAACAAUUGUUGAGUUCUGUUUAAAGAACUUGAUCUCAGAGAAGCACUGGCAAAAAUGUUUAAAUGCUUAUCUUUCAAAUGUGUGAUAUGUUCCUGUCUGUGCUUUCUAGGUUACCUCAAGUGUUCAGUAUUUUUCCUUUCAACAAAAGUAGCUAUACCACAGCCAAACCAAUGCAGUAUUGUUUUUACAUUAAACCUCAGUGAAGAUUUAAUUCCAUGCUAGCUCACUUAGUUUUGAGUGAUAUAUAUAACUUGGAAAGGGAGAUUUUUUUUUUUUUGGUCAGGGGGUGGAGCACACUAAAGAAAGAGUAUUUCAUUACUUUGAUUUCUCCCAAAGAGUCCUUAGAAGUUGACUAAGAAGAAAGUUUGCACAAACUUUCAGUUAGAUGGAAAGUUUACCUAUAGUACACUCCUCUUUUUAGUCCAUCCAACUUUGAUAAAUCAAACCAGAAUUUUAAUACAACUACUUAUACUGGGAUAAAAUACAUUUAACCAUGAGAUCUGUAUGUGCCAGUGACUUAUUUUCUGUGUUUCUUAUUACUCAUUAGUGGCAAUUUCAAAAGUUAUUUUUAAGUGAUUUUUUUUUCCUGGAGUUUGAAGUAAUAAUAUCUAGAAAGAUACUAGAUAUAUCACAAAGCCCUGUCUAUUUCUGAUCAUGCCACUCAUCAUUGCAAAUUGGAAAAAAAUCUAUAUGCAAUAUUUUCAAUAGCAUUGUGCAAGCCAUUUUUUGUUAUUGUUCAAAUUUAGUUUUGUUUCAAUCCUUUUAAAAAUUUAGGACAAAAUAAAAUUUAUAUUGGGAUUAUUAUGUUGAUACCACAGUUACUGAAAUUGGGCUAAAAUUUUUAAAUUUGAGGAUUCAAUUUGAUGUGGCCCUCAGGAUCUAACUAAAAUUUUAAAGUAAAGAUUAUCAUUAUGACACUAUUAGAGAAAGAUUAGGAUUAAGAAGUUGGAAGUUAUUGAUAAUGUAAGGAAUUUAAAGACAAAAUUCUCUCCUCUUUUCAACUGCUUUCAGGGCUUCAUAUAAAAAGUCAAUGUAAUAUAGGUGUUUUCAUUUGAUAAAAAGUUUCUCAAGUUUCUCCUAUCUCUCUCUACCAACAAGAAAUCACAUUUUCAGUGAAGUGAUACUAGCAUCUUUAGUUGCAUUUAUAAUAUGUGUGAAUAAACAUUGACAAGACAACAUGCUUAGGUAGACAGAGUUCUCAUAUGUAAUUUUCAAAUAUUAUCUUGGCUAUGUUUUGUGCAUUAGUCUUCUUUCCUGAUGCAUUCUUUGACUUGUAAACCUGUAUACUCUUUUGUAUUCUCAUCACUCCGUAUUUUGCUUCUUCUCAACAAUAUACACAGUUUUACCAAUGUGAAGUCCAAACUUGAAGAAACUUCCACUCACUUAUAAUAUAAACUUCACUUUCCAGGGAAGUGGCUUGAUUAAACUAUGUACAUUUUGACCUAUAAUUUGAUUUGAUGCAAUUUUUUUUUUUUGUAAUCUGCCAAAUAUGUGGAGCACACAGUUUGAUGAAUCUAUACAAUUUAUUUUGUCUUGAGUUCUCUGAGUUUUCGAAAACAAAGCAUUCAGUAGUUCCCAUGGGAUGACUCACUGGGGAUUAUUUAUUUACCUCCUCUUCCCUUGGAAUCUAUUAACUUCCUUUGCAAUUUCUCUUAGAACAGUGUCAUACUUGAACUCAUUCAGAUCAUUCAAUUGGAUUUUCUCAAUUAAGAAGAGGGGAAAAAAGCAUUAACUCUUUGCUUCUUUCCUUUGUCUCCAUUGAAUUGAAUUGAAAGAGUAACAACUGGCUUCAUCCUGAUUUUAGACUUUGUUCUAUGUCCCUCUGUUAACUAUGGACAAAACAUUUCUUGGCUGUGGCGACCUGAGAAAAUGAAGAACCCCAAUUCUUUUUUACAUCAGAAAAUUUCCAUCAAUAAGCUAUCUCAUUGAGAACAGGAUCAGGUAUUGUUAGCACACUGCCACCAAAUUUGAGUAGAAAGAGGCAGAGCCUACUUACAAAUUCUCUUAAUUGUUUGGCAUCCCUUAGUCCUGCCAUGUCACCAUUACUACCAGAAGUUAUAAAACAGGAUAGUUUGUAAUUUAGCACAAUAAUCUGAAUUUCCUUUACAUUUAACAUGCUAUCAUUUUCUAGGUCUGUUUUUCUCCCAUCAAAAUGCUACAGUUGAACUUAUAGGUUUCUAAAUUACUUUACUGAAGGCUAUCAGUGGUCUCCCUAACUUGACUUAGACCCUUGAAUCUUUUACAAAGGAUGCUCCACUGAAACUAUCUAAAACUCCUAAGAAGUAAAUACUGGAAAAUCUUCUCAUUUAUUCUCAAUCUAAUCUGUGCUUCCAUCACUAAAUUGCCAGGAGCUAAGAAACAACAUAAUGUUGGCAAGUUAGGAUCCUAACAAGAGAUGUGAUGCUUCAUUGUUAAUUUGAAAAGAGACUGUGCAAACUUUUUAAAAACCAGUAUGUUUUCUUAGAUCAGCCACCCUCUCUUAACUGUCUGCUUUAAUUUUUCUCUUACUCUUUGAUCAUAAGUUUAUUUAUAUUAUGCUAAGCAAAAAUGGCCAAGAUUGUUCAAAAAAUGUACAAAAUGAGAAUUAGUGAAUUGCAAAUAAUUAAGGAAUUGAUUUCUUUGACUUUAUAACAUUUGAAAAGAACUAUAGACACUGUUAUAAAUGAUACCCUUAAGGUGGUCAUUAUUUAUUAUGCCAAUAAUGUUUGCCCAUUUUUAUCCUGAGAUUUGCAGAAUAUGUGACAGAAUCUAGUCUUUGAGUUUCUGUCUGGCUUGACAUUGUAUUUGUAAUUUAAAGUUGUAAUCUCAACUGUAUUUUAAGAAGCUACAUUCUAUUCCUCAGUGUCCUUUUGUUAAAUAGUAUUUGCUGAAUUAAGCCACUGGGAGCAGUGGCAUUAAGUGGUGGAAAAGGAAAGUACACAUGUUUGAGUUUUGAGUGGGAGAUGAGUAGGGAACAGAAUAAGUUAAUGGAAGAAAGUUUGGAUAUUAGGCCAUUCUUUGAAUUCUGGCUUAGCCACAAUGUAAUGUGUGAUUUGGGACUUCACUUAUUUACCUCUUAAGUAAAAUGGGAUACUGAUUCCUAACAGGCUGCAGAAGUGGUAAAUCAUACAUAUAUAAAAAUAAAAGCUGGCUCACAUUAUGUGCUCAACAAAUGACAGCUUCCAAAAAAUGUCCAUGAGUUGAGUAAUUAAGUCAUUAAAUUGACCUGCCAAAUGUCCCUUAUCUUUACUUUCCAUAUGCAUUUCUGUGGCAACAAAAUAGAUACAUGACUGCUUUUCUGAAGGCCCAACUUGGAGUUUUCUCACAUAUUUCAAAAUGUUAUUCAUCUAGGGUCCCUAUAUAUUGCUAUCUCCAAAAUUAAGAGGACAGUGACAUUAAAUCAUGAAAGUUUAUGUUUUUCAGUUAUGUUUUGAGUUUAUUUGGCACCUGGAAUAAGAACGUGUCAUCUGAAGUUAUCCAAGUUUUUCUUUUUUUUUUUUUUUUUUAAUUUGCCUUGGAGGAAAAGUUGCAAAAUAUGGUGGAAAAUAUAUCCCCCCAUGAACUCAUGAAAAGGAGGGGGAAAACAACCCUUUACAAUCUCAGUCAGCAAAUUUAUUCUACUUGAGAAAAAAAGAAACAACUUUAUUGGAAGCAGAUGUUGACACUGUGUCAGUUAUUGAAGAUGGAAAGAGUUCACUCGAACCAUUGCAGUUACAAAGGGUAUUGAUGGCAGUUAGAAUCCCUGUGAUGAAUCUCCUUCACAGCUGACAGGACAGUAGAAACUAUGGGACCAAAAUGAAAUCAGCCUGCCAAUUUUAAUGGACAGGACCAUAAAGACUCAGAUUUUUUUUUCCUCCCAGCAGGAUAAAAGAUAUAUAUAUAUAUAUAUAUAUAUCUUUCAGAAAAUAUAAGACUUGUUUGAGAGAGAAAUUAUAGUUUACUCUCUAGAAACAUUGAAAGGCUUGAGAACUCUUUCAAUCCAUUAUCAAGGCAUUAAAAAUGUGGCUAAAAUGUUUUUAGAAAAAUUAGGAUCAUGUUUUGAUCCAAAAUUUAUGUUGAAAAUGAAUAUAUAAGCUAUAAAAGAGUUGGGUGACUUUGGUGAUGGGGAUAUAAGUGGCAUCUGCAAGGAAACCUCAAUCUCAACAGCUUCAAAAGGUUAAUGUCUUGGUUAUGUGGUCAUAGAGAGCAGUCAAAGAACAGAUUUUUUUUUAGAAGUUUGCAUUAAGAGUUUUCUUUUAGUGGUUUCUGGGGAUUUUAAACCUUUAGAGUAGCCAUUAUUGCUAAAUGUCCUAAUUUUCUUAUUUCCAUUGUGCUUUUUUGUUUGCUUGAAAACUAUUUUUAUGAUUUCAAAUAAUCAAACUAAUAUUCACUUGAAAUCUCAAGAUUAAUUUGAUUUAAUAAAUUUAUGUAAAUCUCUUAAAAUUCCAUGAAAUUCUAAUACAUUUAAGUAUCAUUCACCAAUUCCUUUGUCUAAGGACACCUUCUUGAAAAAGGCAGGUCAUCAUCAAUUAUCUUCCUUUUUAACAAUUUCUGGACUACUAAAUUUAGGUCUAAGAAUAAUUUUUUUAGAAUACAAGACUCUUUAGUUAGUUGUUCGGUAUAUGCAUAAGAUGUGAAGGUUUCUAUUGAUCUCUUUAUACUAAUAGAGUUGUACAUUUUCUAUGCUGCGGCUACAGCAAAAGUUAAUGGUUAUUUACACACUUGAUUUAAUUUCUUAGGAUAUGUACAAUCUUAAAUAUUCUAUCUGAUUUUAAAAUAUUCCAUUCAGUUUUUUUUCAGGAUAUACAAUAUAGGGAAAUGUUUUCAUGUGAAUUAUUUGUAUAAUUUUAAAGUGCAUAUAUUUAAAGGGGAAAUAUGGAGUAAAUUUGGUAUUGCAUAAACAUAGGUAAAGUCAAAUUUUUCAUAGAGGAAAAAAAUACACAGUAUGCUACACUUUAUUUUAUUCACUUGAUUAGGUAAUCUGAAAACUCAUAACAAAAAUAUUAUCUUAUGGCAUUGAAAUACAUUCAAAUCCAGAUUUGUUAGUUUUGUCAGAAAUUAUCCUACCUUAAUUAUACCUGAUUUCAGAGAGAAAAAUUAACUAAUAUUAGUUAUGCUGUCAUUCUUAAUUAACAAAAAUAUAUAAUUCAUAAAACUCUUGGCUUUAUAAAAUAAUUAUGAAAUCAUAUGUUUUGUUUCUUUGUGGGAGGUUGGGGAAGAGACUUUUUCAUUUCUAUUUGCUCCUUAAAUGCAGGACUCAUACCUAUGUGUCAAAGAUAUAAAAUGAUGGAAAUUUUUGUAAUGAAAACAGAUGUCAUUAUCUUCAAUUUGUUCAAUAAAUAAUUUAAUGUAAAUUUAACGUUUA